GGAUUAUAUGAGAUUGCAGGGUCGAAGCGAUUAAUUAGAGCCAUUUGAAGCCAGAUCAUACACAUACGAUACCCAAGAAUAUCCCAAAUUCAAUUCAUUACACAUCGAAUAUCCAGCGCAUGGAUGACAUACUAGUACGACAAGCAACGGUUGGUAUCACUACGGAAGACAUUCAAAACCACUGCAAAAAACAUCGGUAUUGUGGGUUAUUUCCGUUACGAAGACACGAUUAUUCAUACAAUCGUCCAAUAUUCUUGAAUUUACACAGCCAAUUUUCACCGCAUUUACCAAUAAAAGCAAAAAUAUAUAACCUUGAUAUUAUAUUGGUGUAACUGCU